CCGGAAGUAGACGAAGUAGAAGUCAACAAAAUGAAAACAUACAAAUUUUAUUGAAUAAUUUGUAGACGAACAUAAUUGAAGUAAUGACAACCAGUGCAAUAAACACUUCCAAGCCAGUUCUCCAUAUUGUAGUGAUUGGCUUUCACCACAAGAAAGGCUGUCAGGUGGAUUAUGCCUUCCCACCGCUUGUCCCAGGCGGAACCGUUGACAGUCAUGAAACACCAGCAGAAUGGAAGCAUCUGCCAUCGCUUGCAAUACCUGAUGGCGCUCAUAACUACACCCAGGACAGCAUAUAUUUUCACCUACCUGGUCUCGAUGACAGGCAUAGGACAGUAUAUGGAGUGGCCUGCUACAGACAGAUCGAGACUAAGGAUUUGAAGAUAAAAACAGAUGAUAUUACAAGAAGUACUGUACAGAAAAGUGUCUGUGUGCUGAGUAAUUUGCCACUGUAUGGACUGAUCGAAGCGAAACUGGAGCUCAUUACGCAUGCCUACUUCCUGGAGCUAGAUUUCAGACAAGUCUCACUUCUAGAAGACACCUACAACAAUCUGAAUGCCUCGCUGCGAGAAUCCCUGUUGGACGGUGGGUCUCAGGUGUUCUUGGGGAUGAAUAUCAAAGAACUGGUGCAGACGUACAGACAUCGUGUUAUGACCCUCUUCAAGCUUGUUCUUCUGGAGAGAAGGGUAUUGUUCACUGGCUCGCCUGUUGAGAGGCUAGCAAACACCAUGUUGACAAUACUUUCAUUAUAUCCAGGCAUGAUAGAACAAGGACUGGCAGAGUGCACGAGUUACGGAGGUGACAGAAACAUCAGCCCGACAUUGAGACACACCGGGGUGGGGGAGGAGGCAGAGGAAUUUCUGGAGAUCAGAUAUACAGGUGAUCUAAGUCCAGAUAUAAGUGGGCUGUCAGGUACAGAUUCGGUGGAGGCGGUGGAACCAGCGUCCCCCACCAUUGAUCGUGGACUGGACCAACCAAGUUUUCCUAUGAAUGCUGCAGAAUCACUAAAAAGUAUCAACAACCAGUCAAGCCUUGGGAGAAGUAGCUCUAAAAAAGGUUUACAAAUCCACACUGCUGGCAGAAAAUGUGAUAAGGAUAGCAGUGAUAGUUCAAAAGAUUUGCACAAAAAUCCUGCACAGUCUGUGAUCGAAACCAAAACCGUUGAUAACUUAGACUAUGUAGAUGAUUACUAUGCAAAAGACGCAAAAUCCAUUGAUGGUAAUCCAUGUGAUAAUGCUAAGUUAAGGAUCAACUUGAGUAUAAAGGAGAGUGAUGGUCGUCGAUUAGUGAUGGCAGAAGACGUUAACCUGCUUACAGGAAUAACCACAUAUGAAGCUGUACAGGAAGGGAAAAGCAUUCCAAAAAACGGGUCUGUGAUUAACAUAGAAAAAUGUUCGCUCGAAGUUUCCGAAAACCAUUUCGGAAGCCUGCCAAAAGAAAUCCAUAGAAAAGACUUAGAAGAAAAUAUCGAGGAUCUGGACUCGCCGGAGAGCUUGAGCAAAAUCGAUAAAGAAGAUUGCUUUUCCUGGGAGGACGACCAUUUGUCUUUAGCCAUCAAUACGGAUCGCUCCAGUCUACAACUGGACGAGACGUCUGGCUUAGCAUCAUCAUUUAAGGACAUGCCGAAUUUAGAGCAGACAAUGAGUAGAGCUGGGCAAGGUCAAGGUCAGGCUACAGACUUGGAUGGUUCCAGACGAGGUGGCCAAAGCGACACUGAUGUCACUAACAGAGUGGAACCAGUCAGAGGGACAAAUGGUUUGAGCCCAGGAGUAAAGGCUGCCGCUAUUAAAAGUCGUCUAACCAGUGCCAUCAGUGGACUUGGUAUAAAGCAGAAAUUUGCACAAAAGCCUGGCUCAAGGGAGACAAGUGGGCCUUCAUCUCCGACAAAUUCUACAGAGUUCAUUCCCUUGCCGUUCAUUCAGCAAGACGACUUGGGCUUCCCGUUGGCAGUGUUCACAAAGGGAGUUGUGUGCUUCCCGUAUCUGUCCUUGCAAUACUAUGACCUUCUCAACGAUGUGAACAUACGGGGGUUUCUCAUCGGUGCAACCAACAUGCUCUUUCGACAGAAAAGACAUUUAACCGACAUUGUGGUCGAUGUAUCGGAACACAAAAUUGAGAUCAAUGACAAGGAAUUGCAGAAAAACCUUGUGUUGACGACUGCUGACCUACGAUUUGCCGAUAUUCUAGUCAAAGCCGUUUCAGAAUCUGUGGAAGAUGGCUACUUUGAUGGCACUGAAUGGGAAGGAAAUGAUGAAUGGCUCAGGGCCCAAUUUCGGGCCUACCUUGAAGGGAUGCUGGCCUCGAUAAAAUCUGACGAUCCAAAACUCCUAGAAGAUUACGGCAUCUCGUUUAUACAGUGCUGGAAAACAACACACAACUACAAAGUGUGGUCUAGUGCGGAACGUCCAGGACUGAAGACCUUGGAAGCUGGACACCCCUGUCAGGGCAACUUAAGUGUGGCUGAUAUUAAAAUGAGAUUUUCACAUACAAUGCACAAUACCGAAGGUGGAAAGAAGAUAAAUGCAGCUGUGACUCAAACUGGGAAAUAUGUAGUGCAAACUGGGAAAGCUGUCGGGGGUGCACUCAACCAGGCAAAGACCUCUAUAUCCUCCUGGUUUUCCACAUGGAAAUCCGGCAACAACAAUGACGAGAAGGAGAAAGGCCAGGAACCCUCUUCAUCUUAGAAGAUAAUUGAGUCUCGCUUGACGAGGAUGACAAGGAGAAAUGCGAGGAACCCUCUUGAUCUUAGAAGAGUCUCGCGUUAGGGAAACCAGGCUGAAUGCAUGUUUGUUAAGUGUUGUCCCAGAUUAGCCUGUGCAGUCUGCAAGGCUAACUAGGGAAGAAUCUUUUCGCUUUUUAUGCACCCGGUAGGGUGGCAUAUAGCAGUUGAACUGUCCGUCAGUGUGUCAGUAUGUCAGUCAGUCUGUCCGUCCGUCCUUCCGAAAAAAAACACUUUAACAUUGGCCAUUACUUUUUCACUAUUGAAGAUAGCAACUUGAUAUUUGGCAUGCAUGUGUAUCUCAUGGAGCUGCACAUUUUGAGUGGUGAAAGGUCAAGGUCAAGGUCAUCCUUCAAGGUCAAAUGUCAAAUUUAUGGCGUCUGUCUGUUCGAAAACUUUAACAUUGGCCAUAACUUUUUUACUAUUGAAGAUAGCAACUUGAUAUUUGGCAUGCAUGUGUAUCUGAUGGAGCUAAACAUUUUGAGUGGUGAAAGGUGAAGGUCAAUGUCAUCCUUCAAGGUAAAAUGUUAAAUAUAUGGCGUCUGUCCGUCCGAAAUCUUUAACAUUGGCCAUAACUUUUUUAAUAUUGAAGAAAGCAACUUGAUAUUUGGCAUGCAUGUGUAUCUCAUGAAGCUGCACAUUUUGAGUGGUGGAAGUUCAAGGUCAAGGUCAUCCUUCAAGGUCAAAGGUCAAAAAAAAAAUAAAAAAUAAAUCAAACAGCGUUCUCAUGAAGCUGCACAUUUUGAGUGGUGGAAGGUCAAGGUCAUCCUUCAAGGUCAAGGUCAUCCUUCAAGGUCAAAGGUAAUUUUUUUUUUUAAAUUCAAAGCGGCAUUCUCAUGAAGCUGCACAUUUUGAGUGGUUGACAUCGCAUUGCAGUAGUGGAGUUACUGAUUGUCUGUGUGCCAUUAAACCUUCAGAAAAGUGUAUGUGAUGCAACAGAUGUAAGUCACUGUGAAUGACAACCUUUGAUUGUUCUGCUCAUCUGGCAGUGUUGCGUUUAUGCGUUUGUUUUCAGUCAAUCAACAGAGCAAUUGUCAAUAAACCGUUUGUGUAUUAAAAGGACUUCUGGGCAUGAUAAUAAAUAUGUUCAUAUUAUCUUGGUUUAUCAUUUAAAUAAUCAAGUCAUCAUUAACUGUAAAGGACAGAGUGGUUUACUUUUUUAUAUUGAACUGAAAUUGUAAACAUACAUUUAUUAAGAACUACUAGGAUGACAUGUCCUGCUGCAGUUUACAACAACACAUCAGGAUGUAUCCAUUUAUCGAUGUUGCCUCUUUUUGAAUGUAUUUGGCCGCAGCAUAAAGUGUUGGUUAUUGUAACUUUACCUAGAACCAUCAUUUAUAACUUGUCUACUUUAGUCACAAAGCUGGGUGACAGAUUCCUUUGACAUAUACGAUGUGUCCAUUUCUAGAUCUUUCCUCAUCAUGCAUGUACUUUGCCGCUGCAUAGAGUGUUGAUAAUUGCAAUUUGACCUAGAACCAUCAUAUUGUUCUUGUUUUUUCAAGUCAUUUAGGCAGGUUACAGAUUCCUUUGACAUCUGUUAUAUAAUCUGUGUAAGGAUUACAACUUGGCCUUUCUAUGUGUUUUCCUUUCCUUUACUUUUCUGUCUUUAUCCAAUGCAUCGGCAACUGUUUGUAUGUCUUAUAUAUAUAUAUGUUCACGGUUAAGUAAAACUGUUGGCCUUCAACUAAUUGGUCCGUAGUCAAUGACUGUACAAAUUACUAGUAUGCCAACAAAUAUUAGUAUAACAUAGGACACAGCUGAAGCUGUCUUCAUUGUCAUGACAACAUGUUUAUUCGUCAGUGUUCUAUUGACAAGAUCUAUGCAUAGACGUAACAGUUAUAUUGUUAAGGGAAAACCUAAGAAACGAACACCAGUUUAUUUCUGGUCCCAUAUCUACGAACAUAAAUUGCUUAUCGACCAAUGGGAUUCGGAGCUCAUUAUUUUCAAUUUUGUAGUUUAUUAUUUGUAUUGAUUUUCAGAACAUUAUUUUGCCUUUGGGGUCAUAAUUCCAGUUUUGCCUUUGGGGUCAUAAUUCCAGUUCCAGAGAUUAUGUUUAAUAGCUUAUGUAUAGCUCAACGACUCAAUUGAUAUCUGGUAAACAUUUAGAACACACGUUAUAAUCUUUGGAAGAGCACAGUUAUUGUGAUAUAUGUCCUUAAACUUUGACUUAAUCUCAGAAACAUUGGUAAAUCAAUAGACAAAAACAACCACAGCCAUUUGUUGAUUUACUACAUAUGUUUAUGUCAUUGAUCUCAAGAAGGUAGGACGCACGGUCAAACUUAUUUUAUUACCAGUGAAGAUUUAGCUAACAUUUGUAAGUUUUACCAUAUACAAAAUCGUUGUAAAGCUUGAAUGUAAUGACUUGAUCGAGAAUAUUGUAUUCCAAAUAGAUUCUUCACCCAAAGAGAAAUUGCACAAAAGUAGUGCGGUGUUAACUCCACCCACGAAGGGUUUGGGUUAGGGGUUAAUUGAUGUGUAAUAUCUAAUUAGUAUCUGUUAUUUGUGUCGUAUCUAUCUGGAAAAUAAUGCCACCCUGACUUGAUGCACUGCCACAAAGGUGUGAUCUUUGGCUAUAAUGUGCCUUUUGAUAUAGUAUUAUGAGUAUACUAGAAUAAUAACAGCAUGCACAUUAUAAAAUAUGUUUAUUGAAGUGUUUAUUUCAUUCACUAGCUUGUUCUUGAGUCAUGGUAGAGUAGGGACUUAAAGUGAUAGGCAUUUAUUUUCUACCGAAAAGAAAGAACUGGAAUUUUAGUUUUUUUAAGAACCCUGUUCUCAGCAGCUUUAAACCUGAUAUUCUUCAAAGUUUUAACUUCAGGCGCUAGUUUGUGAUCAACAUAAGUAAAGAAUUAAAACACUGGAUGUUGUCCGAAAAGUAACAACUUAAAACAAUGCAUGUGGGAAUCUGUUUCAAGAGUUUGAUCAUUUGUCCAAAAUAAAUUAUGAAAUGCUUGCGUGAAUUGGUUAAAACCCAGUGGUGAAGGCUAUAUGAAGACUUCUUAAGCAAAUAGCCAAGCCGCAUUCAUACACUGUUUUUAGCUUAUCUGGGCAUGAAGUGCUCAAGUAUGAGCCAAUCUUUGGUCAAAUUUGGUCGUCAAUAGUAUUCAUCUAUGUUACUUAAAUGAAGUCAUCAAAUCAAACUUUGAAUAAGUGUUCAUUUGAAGGUCUUUUUCAAAAAAACGUUAUUUGACAUUUAGUAUAAAUGGUUUGUGCUUUAGGAUUAUUGCUUUAAUUCAAAUUGCUGCAUGAACACAAUAUAUUGGUAGAUAUAUAUAUAAGUAAUUUGCACUACUGAAUGUCUUGUUUUGUUAUAGUUUUUUUAAUAAUUAGCUUACACGUUAUUUACGUACAUGCUAUGAUGUUUUCAAUGUGUUCAUUAGGACGCUCUUUUCCAGGAGACUUAUUUUGAUACUUAAAAAUUGGCCUUAUAGUGUUAUUUGCUUGCGCUUUUAGGUCCUUGUACAGUAAGUCUAAUAUUCUUAUUGCUGUUUAAACACAAUAUAACGAUAUUAAUAUAUUUGCACCACUCAACUUAUUCGUUUUUGUAUUGUUAUGUUAAUUAUAAGCUUGCAAGUUAUGUAUGUGCAUACAUUGUUUAAAACAUGAUUAAAGCAAAUGUUAUUGCGACAUUAUACGCACAUUUUUGGGUACAGUAUGUAUGUGUAUUUGAUUAUUUGUAUAAUGGUUUGUUUGUACAAAAUAUUUCAUGCAGAAACUGCAUGUUCACAAAUUACUAGCAUAUCUGAAAAGAAAUAGAAUAUCUCUGAUUUAUGACAUUUGAAAAUUGUCAAUAAUUUGUGUUGUAAAGUAGGCUGAACAUUUAAUCAUGCCCAUAUUAACCCAUUUAUGCCUAGUGUCUAGAAAAAAGGCAUUGGCAAACAGGUCUGCACUGUUUGCUUAAAAUAAUUUCUGUAAGAAAUAUUCUAAAUAUAGAAAUAAAUAUAAAAAAAAUCACUAGACAUCCCUAAUUUAAAAAAUAAAUUGAUCCAAUUUAGAAGGAUGGGAAAGUGCACUAGGCAUUAAUGGGUUUAAAACUGAAAUAAAUAUAAAUGGUUGUGACCAACCUAUAACUAUACAAGAAUGUUGUUCAAUUUCUUCCAAAAAUUUUGUGUUUUUGGCCUAAUGUUGUGUUUGCAUAUCAGGUAUGGUCAAUGUGCUCUUCCCAAGAAACACUUAAAUACCUCUCAAAUUUAUUUCUUAAAAAAAUAAAUAUAUAUAAUACCAACGUACAUUUAAGACAGACAAAUAUCGUACUUUUUAAACACAGUAAUAAUAUUAAUUAGAUUUUAUUCUUUGGAAAAGGUUUAAUAAAUAUGCAUCUUUGUAAGUAACAGUCCCUCGAGAAUUGAUAGAAAUUUAGAAUCCCAGUGUAAUAACCUAGGCAAGAUAGAAAAUAAAUAUUUUCCGAAUAUAUCGAUACAAAUAGCUGGGGAUGAAGCAUCUAGCAUUUUUCUUUCAAUAUCUUUUUUUAAACAUGUAUAUUGAUAAUUGUUAAAAGCAUUUAUUAUGCCCCCAGUAGGGUGGCAUAUAGCAGUUGAACUAUCUGUCCGUCUGUAUGUCUGUCAGUCUGUGCGUCAGUCCGAAAACUUGAACAUUGGUCAUAACUUUUGCAAUAUUGAAGAAGUAACAUGCUUUAAGGGGAGAUAAUUUAUAAUUUAUAUCAUUUGCAGGUACAGAUCAUUUUCACAAGGGAAGUCAUAUUUUUUAAAGUGAUAUAAUCAAUUGUGUUUAUUAUUUCAAAUCGGCGCAGUAGGACAAAUAUCUGUCUUGUUUCAACAUGUAUUUCUGGAAUUGUUAAUUUGUUCAAGAUUUAUUUAUUUAUAAUUAUCAAUCAAAUAAGUAUACUCAGUUAUAAAUUGCGUUGUUUAUUUCAAAACUGAUCAAUUUCAAUGUGACAUGUGGCUAUGUGCAAUAAAGCUACCAUUUCUGUU